CACUUUUUAUUUCGUGCGACUGUAAAUGACGUUUCUUUAUUAUAUGUGAUGGCUGUGUCGGUUAAUCUUUAGAUAAGAGCAGACAAACUGCAUUUUACUGUCAGUAGUCGCGGAGUGUUUAUCGACAUUUCACAUUUUCAGCAUUUGAAGUUUUAAAAUUAGGUAAAUGGAGCGAUGGUGUGGCAAGGCAGCUGUGGUGACAGGCGCGACGGGAGGCAUCGGCAGUGCCAUAGCGCAGGUGUUAGCCAAAGAGGGUAUGCAGGUAGUUGGGAUAGACCUGAAGACCGAACGUGAGGGAAUAAUUUCAGUUGGUAAAGGCACCGUGCAAUACCAACAGUGCAACAUCACCGACCUAGUGGAGUUGGCAGAUACCUUCAAGUGGAUUGACAGUCUCGGGGGAGUCGAUGUGAUGGUCAACUGCGCGGGGUACUCCAAGAUAGGACAUAUUACUAGUGUAGGCACCAAUCCGAUACCAGACUCUGAAAUACUAAGGACCAUGGAUGUAAAUAUAAAAGCCAUGAUAUUCUGCACGCGACACGCUGUCGACUCUAUGAAGAGACGAGGGGUCGACGGACACGUUGUCAAUAUUAACAGCAUAGCGGGACAUUACAUACCGUUCACGAGUGAAUUCAAUGUGUACACCAGUUCCAAAUAUUCUGUAACAGCUUUCACAGGGGCUCUUGCCAACGAACUGGCUACAUUUGGAAACAAGAUCAAAACUACGAGUAUAUCUCCGGGGCUGGUGCAGACGCCUUUGAGCAGCGCGUUUAUAGCGGACUUCAGCGCGGUUCCAGCUCUGCAGCCGGUCGACAUUGCCAACGCUGUGUUAUAUGCUGUCUCUACUCCUCCACACGUCAAUGUACGUUGUUUUCGAUAGCAUUCGAUAUAGUAUUACCACUAUAUGUAUCUUUCUACUACUACUAGAAAGAGACAUCAGCUGACCUGAGAGCUGUUAUUAUGGAAACUCUGGGUUAUGCAUAUGUGUUGCUUUUAAAGCAAGUGGCUAAGUAAUACACCUCGAAAAUUGGGUAGUUUCCUAGGUCAAAGAAAAAUUGUGAAAUUCUGAAUACUAAAUAAAGGCGGCAAAAAAUG